CACGCCUCGCUCCGCACCGUAAAAGUCCGACGGCCAUAUUGACUGACUCCAUCUCCUUCUCCUCGGUGAAACUGGCUCAGUCGCGUCAUACAUAGCGAGGUGUCUAACGGGAAACAACCCGGUCUAUUUUGGUCGCGUGGGAUUUAAAGUAGACUACCCGGUGGAGAGUUUACCGUUUUCAGAACGCAGUUCAUCAACUGAGGCGGUGGAGCCCAGGGCGAGGCAACAAGGAGGAGGACGUUUUGUUUGCAUUUUCUGUGCGGAAGGGCAAGGCCGGAGAGAGGAAGAUGCCCAAACCGAUCAAUGUGCGUGUCACCACCAUGGAUGCAGAGCUGGAGUUUGCCAUUCAGCCCAACACCACCGGCAAACAGCUCUUUGACCAGGUGGUGAAGACAGUGGGCCUCCGGGAGGUGUGGUUCUUUGGCCUGCAGUACACAGACAGUAAAGGUUACAGCACGUGGCUCAAACUCAAUAAGAAGGUGACACAGCAGGAUGUGAAGAAGGAGAACCCUCUGCAGUUUAAGUUCAGAGCCAAGUUCUUCCCUGAGGACGUGUCUGAGGAACUCAUCCAGGAGAUUACGCAGAGACUCUUCUUCCUGCAGGUGAAGGAGGCCAUCCUGAACGAUGAGAACUACUGUCCUCCAGAGACAGCUGUGUUGCUGGCCUCCUACUCUGUCCAGGCCAAGUAUGCAGAUUACAGCAGAGACGUCCACAAGCCUGGUUACCUCACCUCCGACCGCCUGCUGCCACAGAGAGUGCUGGAGCAGCACAAGUUGACUAAGGAACAGUGGGAGGACAGAAUACAGACCUGGCAUGAGGAACACACAGGCAUGCUCAGAGAGGACUCUGUGAUGGAGUAUCUGAAGAUAGCCCAGGACCUGGAAAUGUAUGGAGUCAACUACUUUGAGAUCAAGAACAAGAAGGGAACCGAGUUGUGGCUGGGUGUGGAUGCACUGGGACUCAAUAUCUACGAACAUGAGGACAAGUUGACACCAAAGAUUGGCUUCCCCUGGAGUGAGAUCAGAAACAUCUCCUUCAACGACAAGAAGUUUGUCAUCAAACCCAUCGACAAGAAAGCCCCAGACUUUGUAUUCUACGCACCACGGUUGCGGAUUAACAAGCGUAUCCUGGCCCUGUGCAUGGGGAACCACGAGCUGUACAUGAGGAGGAGGAAGCCUGAUACCAUCGAGGUGCAGCAGAUGAAGGCCCAGGCCCGGGAGGAGAAACACCACAAACAGAUGGAGAGAGCCCAGCUAGAAAACGAGAAGAAAAAACGAGCGCACGCAGAGAAAGAGAGGGAGAAGAUGGAGAAAGAGAAGGAUGAGCUGAUUGAGAGACUCAGACAGAUUGAGGAACAGACGCUAAAGGCCCAGAAAGAGCUGGAGGAUCAGACACGCAGGGCCCUGGAGUUGGACCAGGAGAGGAAGAGAGCGAAGGAAGAGGCAGAGAGGUUGGAGAAAGAGAAGCAGGCAGCAGAGGAGGCCAAAGCAGCGCUGGUUAAACAGGCUGCUGACCAGAUGAAGAACCAGGAACAACUGGCCGCUGAGCUAGGAGAAUUCACCGCCAAAAUCGCUCUGCUUGAAGAGGCCAAAAGGAAAAAGGAAGAGGAAGCGACAGAAUGGCAACACAAAGCCAUCUCAGCCCAGGAGGACCUGGAGAAGACUAAAGAGGAGCUGAAGUCUGUGAUGUCAUCACCCCCGGCGCCAGAGCACGAUGAGCAGGAUGAGACGAAUGCUGAGGGUAGCACCGAGCUGCACAGUGAUGGGGUCACCAGCCACCACAGCGAGGAGGAACGUGUCACAGAGGCCCAGAAGAACGAACGCGUCAAGGAACAGCUGCAGGCUCUCAGUUCAGAGUUGGCCCAGGCGAGGGAUGACACCAAGAAGACCCAGAAUGACAUGCUACACGCGGAGAACGUGAAGGCUGGGAGGGACAAGUACAAGACCCUGCGUCAGAUCCGCCAGGGAAACACCAAGCAGCGCAUCGACGAGUUUGAGUCCAUGUGAGAGACCUCGCCCUCCCACCCUUGCAUUGCCACGACAGCGGCUCGUUUUUGUGUACAGCAAAACCUGCCCGUUCCCGUCCCAUUCCCCCAAAUCCCUACUUGCAAAAAGGCCAGAGGUGUGUGGAUUCAAUGUCCCGCCAACUAUGCCUUGCCAAAGCUCUGCCCACUAGCGGAUGGCCAAUCAAACUGCUCCAUGCUUAGAGCUCUGCCUAACCACAUCUGGACUCGCCUAAUCUGGAAUGGCAAGCAACAUACUGUCGAAGAGAACUUCUCCAUGAACCAAGGAUCAUUUGAUGCUUGCAUGUCUGAUGUAAGAAUGGAUAGAGAAAUUGGUUGAUAUCUUGCAUUCAUUGAGAGGGAACAAUUGCAGUUUAACUUUUGGAUGUCGCUGGCCAGCUUGUAUGUAAAAGCUUUAAAUACCGUACCUUACGUUUAUUUGUUUGCCAUUAGAUUAAGAAUUUUAAUAGUUUUCUUUUUUUAACGAAACAGCCUUAUUUGUCUCAUUUUAAUUUCGGCUUCAUAUUUAACUGUGGUGAGUUAGCUGUGCUCUAGUCAGUCAUGGGUCAGCUGAUGUUGAACCGGUGGUUUAAUUCCUCCAGAAUUUGACAACAGCGUUUAUCUGUCCGUUCUGACCUAUACCUUUUGUGUCGUUUAUCGUCAAUUGAAGCAUUUACCAUUUAUUUAUUUUCGUUCACAAUAAAGAUUCCAUGUAUGUUUCUUAUUUCCAGUCAGUCAAAGUGUUCAUCCCCAGGUUGAACGAGGUAAAACCAAAUUGGAGGGAGGCAGCAGUGCAUUAUUAUAUGGAUGGAGUGAUAUGAGGAACUGUUCAUUUUGAACAUUCCAGAUUCAUCACCUUCCAGACAUGUAAUAAUGGGGAAAAUAAAAGCACCACAAAACCGCCCUAGCCACGUUGCUUUUCUAAAUCAGGGUUAAGGAAUAAGGAAUGAUCAGGAGGAAUGAUAAGGAAUGAUCAGGUCAGCAACCUCCAUGAAUUUACAACUGGUGUUGUUUCUGGUGAAAGAAAAAAAAACUGUUAUUAAAUUGUAAAUAUCAA